CCCGCCAGCAUCUGCACACUCUGGCAGGGAAAGAGGGAAGGGGGAAGAACUGAGGAGAAGGAGAAGGAGGAGGAAGAGAAGGAAGCCCAAACAGACGCCCAGGGUGCUCGCCUUACUCCAGGAGCGCCCGCUUUCCUUUGCAAUCGCUGCUCCUACAACAACAGCAACACAAAGUUUGCACCUUUUGGGGGGGCUAGGAGCGGUGGUUGCACCCCCUUUUCCCUCUGAUCGCCUGCACAGCCACCCCGCUGCCCCCCGCCUCCGAUCCCUCUUUCACUCCAGAUUAUUUGCACUAUUCUUCUUCUUCUUGUUGUUGUUGUUAUUAUUUUUAAAUCAAACGGGUGCUUUUUGGGGGUCUAGCGCUAUGCCCCGGAAGAGUAUUUUGGAGGUGAAGGUACUGGACGUGCAGAAGAGGCGGAUUCCCAACAAACACUAUGUAUACAUUAUCAAGGUUACCUGGUCCAAUGGCUCAACAGAGGCUAUCUAUCGACGGUACAGCAAGUUCUUUGACUUGCAGAUGCAAAUGCUGGACAAAUUUCCAAUGGAAGGAGGACAGAAGGACCCUAAGCAAAGAAUCAUUCCCUUUCUGCCAGGCAAGAUCCUCUUCCGACGAAGCCACAUCCGUGAUGUUGCUAUCAAACGUCUUAUACCCAUUGAUGAGUAUUGUAAGGCUCUGAUCCAGCUGCCACCAUACAUAUCUCAAUGUGAUGAAGUUCUUCGGUUCUUUGAGACAAGACCAGAAGAUUUAAAUCCUCCGAAAGAGGAACCACUUGGAAAGAAGAGAUCUGGAUUUAUCCAGAGAACGGCUUCUUUCCUUCUGAGAGGUGGAGAUUUUGCUUCUGCUGAUCCUAUGGUUCUGGAACAGUAUGUGGUGGUAGCAGAUUACCAGAAACAAGAGAGCUCUGAGAUUAGUUUAUGUGCUGGACAAGUGGUGGACAUAAUUGAGAAGAAUGAAUCUGGCUGGUGGUUUGUGAGCACAUUGGAUGAGCAAGGAUGGGUCCCAGCUACAUGCCUAGAAGUCCAGGAUGGAGUCCAGGAUGAAUUUUCAAUGCAACCAGAAGAAGUCUCAUGGAGAUACUGGUCUCUUCCGAGGCAUGUGGGCCGCCGUCGAACUCUUGGGGACUUAUACAACAGUGGAUGGGGUCAAGAGGAGAAAUAUAUGGUAAUUUACCCCUAUACUGCUCGGGACCAAGAUGAAAUGAAUCUGGAGAAAGGAGCUGUAGUGGAGGUCAUCCAGAAAAACUUGGAAGGAUGGUGGAAAAUCAGGUAUCAAGGUCAGGAGGGCUGGGCCCCAGCAUCAUACCUGAAAAAGGGGAGUGGGGACAUGUUUACACCAAAACUGGGUUCUGCUGCUUCUGCCCACUCAUAUGCACUGGACCUGGAUGGUGUUUCUCGACAACAGAAUUCAGCAGGCCGGGACAAGGAUGGGCCAAACAACCAAAGAGAUGGAAGGUUUGAUGGUCGCCCAUUGCCAAAUGUGGACCUUAGGAGAAAGUCACCAAAGAUGAGACAGAGGCCUCCUCCUCGUCGAGACCUCACAAUACCACGUGGCCUCAACUUGCCUAAGCCUCCUGUGCCCCCCCAAGUGGAAGAAGAAUAUUACACUAUUGCUGACUUCCAGACCACUAUUCCUGAUGGCAUCAGUUUCCAAGCAGGACUGAAAGUAGAGGUGAUUGAGAAGAACCUCAGUGGUUGGUGGUAUAUUCAGAUUGAGGAGAAGGAAGGCUGGGCUCCAGCUACCUUUAUUGACAAAUACAAGAAAACAAGUAAUGCAUCUAGACCUAACUUCUUGGCCCCACUACCAAGUGAAAUGGCACAGCUGCGACUUGGUGAUGGUAUAGCAGAGAACAGCCCUAAUGGAGAACAGCUUGGGCCAUCCAGGCCGUUACCUGAAGCACCACCUAAUGGUAUAGACUGUGGAGCAAAAUGGAAAGGAAGCGAGCCUUCCAAGGGUGCCACGCCUGAGACAAGUGAUGCAUCUCUGUGUGUUGGCUAUGAGGAGAUCUGUGAUCGGGAUACAGAGGAGAAACCAAGCCUCCCUCCUAGGAAGGAAUCUAUAAUUAAGUCUGAAGAAGAGUUAAUGGAAAGGCAGCGGUUGGAGCAGAGGCCACCUCCCAAGCCACCUGGCAUGAUUUUGCCUGUGAUUCCCCCAAAGCAGGCCAUCCCUCCAAGGGACAACAAGAAACCAGAGCUCAAAACAGAGAAAGGGAAAUUGUUCCAGUUGAAAAAUGAAAUGGGAUUAGAGUGUGGGCACAAGGUUUCACCUAAGGAAGUCAAGAAGCCAAACCUCCGGCCCAUAGUCAAGCCAACCAAACCAAAAGUUGAGCCCCCAGAAGAUAACAAAUCUGAGCCAGCUACCCAAAACCUGUUUGUAAAAUCGAAACCUCAGAUCAGACCCAAACCGCCACCAGCUCCUAGGGCAGAUUCUCCUCAGACAGAUGAUAAACUAGACAUUUGCAAUCUGAGGAGCAAACUCCGCCCUGCAAAGACUCAAGAGAAACCUUGUGAACAGGAAUCCAUGUCUAGUGAGAGUGCCUUCAAUAACAAUAUGCUUCCCAUAGAAUCUUCUGUCAGAUCUCAGGAAAGACCAAAUACAGAGGCAAGGCCUCCAUCCAGACCAGAUAGCCAAGUCUUUAAGGAAGUUCCUUUACCCAAGGUUCCCUUUGGCUCCUCAAAGACAAAUGAGAGUGAGCCAAAGAGCACCUUUCCUGUUCCCAGAGAACCACCUCAGCGGCCUGUAGUACCACCCCGGAGGCCUCCUCCUCCUAAGAAAGCCUCUGUUUCAUCACCUGCAUCAUCGUCUGCUCCUUCUCCAGAACAUAAAGCCCCACAGAAGGAAGUGCCUGAAGUCAGAGCUGCCCCUGUGCCUGGGAGGCCAAUGUUGGUUCCACCAAAAGCCAAAGGUUUCCUGCCAUCUCCGUGCCAAGAAGAUGCCAAAGUGAAAAGUGGUAUAGGUCAAAAGGCAGCACCCAAGCCCUUGGAAAGGGAGAGAGUGUCCCUCCCCAUCACCAGUGCAGAUAUUUCCAAAGAAUCCCUCUAUGUGGCAGUGGCUGAUUUUGAUGGAGAUGAAGAAACUAGCAGCUUUAAAGAAGGGACCUUGUUUGAAGUCCGUGAGAAGAACAGCAGUGGCUGGUGGUUUUGCAAGGUUCUUGCUGGAGGGCCAUGUUGGGAAGGCUGGAUUCCUUCCAACUAUCUCAGAAAAAAGCCAUAAUCCCUUCUUUGUAUUCAUUUUAAGUAGCAGCUCAACAUUCCCCAUUUUAGCAACAAAAUAUUUAAUUAGCUUAUUUAUAGUUUUCAUAAGGCUGGCUCUGUAAUUAAAAAAAAAGUAUCUGGGAUACCGUACAUUCCAAUUUGUGUCUUUCCCAAGAAAGAAUAGUAAGAGGAAAAGGCCUUUGUGUAGUAGGCUUUAGCUUUUGUUCCUCUUGAUCACUCUGCCUGGCCAAUUUUUAGUAGCAACCCCAUCUCUUUCCCAGCCUCUGUGUGGUUUAGGUGAACAGACCCAUCACAGGACUUGCUGAUGAAAAUGUUUUUUAAAAAAAUCUUGUACAAAUUCUGGAGUAAACAGUGUCAAAACAGAGAAAUUGAGCAUAGAGAACAUUAAAAUAUGUUUGCAUCUUCAGAGGGUCUUGAAGAGAAAGAGAGUUUUUGGUUUGGUAAAGAAGCAAAAUCAAUCCCACUAGCCAAAAAAGGGAAGUAACAAUGGGAAAGGCCACAGUUUGGGCUGAUUUUCCUGUUAAUAUCAUGUGCCAUAUUUGACCAUUAAAAACAAUAAGGAGGAAAGAGAUUCCAUAGUGCAAAGAAGAAAAGAAAGAAUAGGAAAUGUAGUAAUAAUUAUUGUACUUAGGUGCGAUGGUCUAUCCAAGUGGAUAAGGUAUUCUUUCUAGUCUUGUGUCCAUGUUGUUUGUUCCCCUGCCAGUAUAGAUGUCUUCUGUGUGGCAGCUGGUGUUAUGUAACACCUAUUUUUGUGAUGUUCACACUUGUGCUAGUGGAGUUCUUUGUGCUCUCUGAUACACCAGCCCUUAUAUAAGCUUAUAUUUUUCAGCCUUAUAGUCACAUUUCAGUAAAUAGAGAAGAUCCAGGAUCCAUCUUCUCUAGAAAAAAGGAUACACUCAUGGAAAGUGUCUCUUCCCUAAGCCACAUUUUCGGGGAUUCCUUCUCCAGUCACACACAUUAUCUUGUACAAAGCCCCCCCCCAACCUCUCUAGCAUUUUUGGGAGAUAGAGAGGCUAUCAGAAGGAGGAGGACUUCACUUUCACCAGCCUAGUGGCUCACAUAUAAAUCUAGAUUCAACUUGUAAGACAGUGCAUUAGGUUAUUCAUGCUGUUUAGCUAUCAGGACGUGAAUGGUAGAAUAUGGUGCUGGUUCUUCACUACCAUAUCACACUUAAUAUUUUUCCUACCUGCCUCUCCAAGUAGCUCUCUCCUGUUCUGCCCUAAUUCCCCGGGAUUUGCAGUGCUCUGGUACCAGGAAGGUGGCCCUUUGGUGGGUGCUAAUAAUUUCUAGUACAGGGUUUCCCAAUCUGGAUUGUCCUAAAGCAGUAGUUCUCAGAGUAUUGUGAACUCUUGUACUUAUCUUGCUCAGAAGACAUGUAUGUGGAUCCUUAUCUCUCAGUCAUGGAGCAUACAAGUUUCUGUCAUAUCAUGAUAUUCAUUCUCAUCUGAAGGAGAGCUAUACUGUAUUCAAGAACACCUUUUGCUGUGGGAGAGCUGAUUAAUAUGUAUUUAUGCUUUGAAACAAUGAGGCAUCAGAUGUGGAAAUGUGCCCAUGUGCAUUUGAUGUUUGUACCUUUUAAAUAUAUGCAGCAACACAGAUUGAUCCCUUCCUGAUUAUUCUUCAUGUGUAUUUAAGGCACAAAUACAAGAGAAAAAUGCAUUUGCAUGUAAGUGUACUCUCCCUUCGGUUUUUAAAACACUAGAAAGGAUCUCCUGUCUUCAAUCCUGGACAUUUUCAAACCAAUCCAUAAUGCAGCAGAUUUUAACUUCAAGUUUUCAGCAAUUCAAACUUGAACAGGUUCACCAUGCUUCUAGGAUGUGGCUGAGGCCCUGGUGCAUGAAAAUUUACCAUAUGUUUUGGUUGCUAAGGAGAGGCCCUGUGAAGGACUCAGGUGUGAAAAGCUAUACGUGUGUAUUCUUGUUAUGGAUUUGCCUAGCUUGGAUUCUCGUGGGCUGAAUCUCACUAUCCCGUCAAGUUAAACCUACAAACUACUUGAACUCUUCCUUUAAAUGGACCAAUUUUUAUAAAGAAUUUGGGGACUCUUGUUUUUUUUCAGCUACUAAAUUUACCUUUGAAAUUGAUUACUUGACUUUUUUGUGGCUGCAUUUUCCAAGUACUGUUGUGUUUCUCUUUUCUGUCCAUUCAAAAAGUAAGUCCUAAAGUCUCUGUUUUGGAGGCCUUCAUGGGAUCCAUGAGAGAUGGGAUCCAUUCUUCAUUUCUCAUAGUCCUCCCGUCUGUUAUCUUUACAGUACUUACCUCUUGAUACCAAGAAAGCAAUCCUCUAACAGUAUGCUACCCAGUAAUAUGAAUUCAAUGCUCAACUUACCUUUACCUCCUUUCCUACCCUGUUUGAUCUGUUUGUUGUAGCAUCUCCAGAACAUGUAUUCCAAAUAGCUUAAUACCAAAACAAGUGUUAUAAAUGUCUCCUCCUUUUCUCAUUCUCCUCGGCCCAACCUGUGCUGAUUAUCUUUCUGAAAAGGCUUUCAUUUCCAAUUUUUCAGGCUGUGAAGGCGCGGUUGAGAAUUCUUUCAUAGUACUAUUCUCUGUUUUUCUCCUUUCUGUACUUGGCAAAAUCUUUGACAGAUUGCAGACUGAGGGCUCUACUUUAAUUUGGUCUCUGGACUACUCCAGCUUUGUGAACAUACUGAUGUAUGUUCACAGACAUACAUCAUGGCCUCCAUGUUUAUUAUUACCUGAAACACACAGUCAGUCUACAUUGUCAUGCUGGAGACAUAUGAGAAUAUGUAAGCUGACAUUGGCCUCAAUACUAUUCUGAAAUAGGAAAGCCACUUUACGUAAUAGCCUGUUAACAUAGCUCUUGCCAUCUGUUUACCUUCCCUCAGCUCAUUGACCUCUGAUACAGUAACUGAGCUUAACUAUUGUGUGACCUUUGGGAGUAACUGUUCAGUGUGGGGUUAAAGGGCAUUUGGCCUCUUACCUACCAACAUAAGCUUUACAGCUGUCUGUCUGGGAAGUUCUGGCAAGGUGGAAGGUUGCCUAAAUGGCAUUACACUCCUCUGCAAUCUUUAGUCUAUUAUAUAAACUUGUAUCAACCUGUACUUAACCGUGGGUGGGUGGAGAUGGGAGGGUGGGAUCAUGUAUACUUCCAGCAUUAAAGGAUGAUGGUUGUUGUUUUUUUAAAAGUAAAGAAAUAAAAAAUAGGCUUGACUGGUUUCAAGCAGAAUUGUUACACAUCUUGUGUAUUUUGCCCUCCUAUUUUCUGUGUCCUGUUUUCCAGUUUAUAU